GGUGGCAUCUAUAUCAUCAGCCGUUUUAGAGUAUCAAAAGCCAAAUCCUUUUACAAACCUGUUGAUAGACCCUAUAUGCUAGAAUUUACUUGCUACACAAAAAUAACUCCAGCAAAAGAUGUCCCAGAAACGUUCCCAGCAUACAUCUACAAACUUACACCUUUUGCUGACCUUCCAAGACACGCAGGCGAAAACAGGAACUUCCUAGAUGUUCUUGGCAUGAUCACUGAAGUCUCCGACACACACUCGGUGCAGCUUCCAAAUCAGCCAACGCCCACUUUAAACAGAGACAUUGUCCUUAAAGAUCUUAGCAAUGCUGAAAUUAGAUUGACUCUAUGGGGCCGACGAGCUGCUGAAUUUAGCAUCGACAGCAUUUACAAUGAGGAACAAGCUAAGCCAGUUGUUGUCCUCAUCGUUGGCAGCCUCAUGAAAACCUAUGCAGGUCAAGGAUAUUUGAGCGGCAAUACCGCAUGUCGCUGGUAUUUCAAUCCCACAAUUCCUGAAGCUGAACAAUUUUACACCGCGCUUCACAAUCAGCGCCUACCAAUCAAGCAUAUCACUGCUGCCACACAACAAGCAACUCCACUGCGAACAUCACUUCACGUCGAAGACAAAUAUCUCAGCGAUUUACAAGCAAUGGAUCCAUAUGACUUCCCGUUUUACACCUACCUCUAA